UAUUACAUUGUAAAUAUGUUAAACUACCUCUUUCAUUUCUAUAAUGAAGAACAGUAAAUCAGAAACUCGUGACGGCUAUCUCCGGAUUUUUAUACCAUUGUGUGCUGCGGAUUUUUGUCUAUUCUUUUCCAUCGUGAUAUGUACAUACACAUUGAAUGAAUAUGGCCAUGCUACAUUUUGGGAUAUCGAAUUUCCAAACAAAACUGUGUCCAACAAUACUGGUGUGUCUCUGUGUGAUACAAACACGUCCUCACAAGAAUACCAGGAUGAACAGGUUGUCCAAAAGGCUGUGUCUAGAUGGAACCUGUACAUAUCGAUAGCUCUUGGAGUACCGCUGGUACUGUCCAGUUUACUCUUAACUUCACUGAGUGACUUUAUGGGGCGAAGGCCAUUUCUUUUCCUUGGAAUGUUUGGUAUUUGCAUUAAGGAGCUUCUGAUGACUCUAGCAAUACUUUUCAAAUGGGAUGUGUAUAUCUUCAUUCCAUUCACAUGCAUAGAUGGUUUAUGCGGAGGAUGGGUGGUUCAGCUUGCCAUCGCUAUGUCUGUUGUUUCGGACCUCACAAGUGCUGGAAAGACGAGAUCUUUUCUGAUUGCUGUAUUCAGCUUUGUAUUUGGCGUCGGAUAUUCACUUGGAACUUUUGUUUGUGGUUUUGUUGUCGUACUUCUAGGGUAUGACUACUCCAUGGCAACGGCUUGUGGAAUGGCUGCUCUAGGUUUCAUUAUUACAUGCUUCAUUCCCGAGACACUAUCAAAAUCAGAAAGGAAGCAGCAUAAUUUUAGUUGCAUGGGAAAUAUUAAAGACAUUUUAAAGUUUUACACAGAAGAAGAUCGCAAUCAUCUGGGUUCCAUUCGAUGGAAGUACAUCACUUCGAUAUUUUCUUUCAUGUUUGUAAUGAUGGGUAGGCUCGGUGCUUCAGCAAUUGAAACGUUGUAUCUUCUAGACUCACCAUUUUGCUUCAAUCCAGAGAUAAUCGGAAUAUUUGAGACCGCGAAAUUGUGUGUUUCUGAGGUUGUAAUUUUAGUGGGUAUUAAAGUAAUGCAACAGUGCCUCACAGAUGAAACCAUUGCCUUUCUUGGCACGAUAUCUGCUGUCGCUGGUUAUAUAGUGUUUGGAAUAGCCUCGUCGACGAUGUAUUUGUAUAUAGGGGCUGCUGUUGGUGUUUUUGGGAUGAGUGUCAUACCUAUGAUUAGAGCAACUAUGUCAAAGAUCACCUCUCCUCAAAAUCAAGGUGCUAUGUUUGGCAGUCUAGCAAUUGUGGAGAACAUUUGUAAUCUGUCAGGUUCCGUCCUUGGCAGCGCCAUCUACUCGGAAACCGUGUCGUUCUACAAAGGUACAGCGUACCUCGUGUUUGCUGGCUUUAUGUCCUUCGCUUUGAUACUGUUGCUGUUUUUGUUGAAAGAUUCCAUACACAAGAAGCGCCUAAAGGAUUACAGUCCCAUAUCAUAACGGAUUGACUUGAAGCAGCGUCUUAAGGAAUACAGUCCGAUAUCAUAACGAAUUUGCUUGAAGCAGCGUCUUAAAGAAUACAGUCCCAUAUCACAACGAGUUGACCCGAUUCAUUAUCUAAUAUUUACAUUUGCCAAUAUAUUUCCUUAUAUUACAAUACUAAUGAAAUUGACAGUUAAUUUUGUAUAACUUAAAGUUGGUCAAUUGAUCAGUCAUUUUGUGCGUAUAAAUACAAUUGCCGCUUCAAAGGCAGGUACUUUCACCUGGUGUCUUGCUUAUAAAUGCAAUGCAGUGGGGGAUUUAGAGGUCCCUUCCCCCUGCCACAAAUUUAAAAAAUAGAACUAGUGCGAGUUAAAGUUCAGAUUAGCACCCAAAAUGGCUGAGUACAUUAGAUAAUACUUUACUUUCAUACCCCCUCUUUUCGGAAAUCCUGGAUCCGCCAAUGCGAUAUCAUUACAGAAACAAAAUCUUUUUUAAAAAACGCAUCAGAAUAUGUAUACAGUGUUUAUUUUGUAAACAGACAAGAAUUUCAUCAAUUAAAAAUAUAACAGAAACAUCAAA